AUGUCUCGACUGAAGUUUCGAAUGGGAUGGAUAAUAGUGAUGCUGUUGUUUCAAGGUAAUAGAGAAAAUGUCUCCGCGCCGUUGUCUCUGGCCAGUGUCCACCCCGGUCCUGUAUUGAUAAGUUAUAAUUACUUGCCCAUAUUUCCAACUGUCGUGAGACUGUGGACCGGUGGUGGGAAGACACGGGCGCCCGAGAUUAUUGUCGCGAAGUCUGAAGCCUCAAGAUCCAAUCGAGAAAAGCCUCGGGGCUGUCGUGAGACAUUGACCGUGUAUUCCUGGGGUGUCAUAUUCCCCAUGAUAGGUAUCGCCAUUGUGAAGUGGGCUUUAGUUUUCCCAAAAAUCGGAAAUCCGGUCCCGGCGAGGGGGAUGUGCUCUUUGCAGAACUCUCGUCGGGUCUAG